AUGCCAGUGACAUGCCUUGAGCGAAAACAGGGAAAAUUCAGCUCUUACUCUUCGUUAAGCGAAGCUCUCUUCUCAGGAAGGUUUGUGUAGGUUAUUCGAUAAAUUGAAACAUCUUAAGAAUUAACUGGAAAGGACACGUAUUAACCGUAUGUCAAUAUUCUUAACAUGUUUCAAUAUUAAUUAAUAAUUAUUUUCAGCCGAUUCCUCCGCGACUGCAUUGGAAAGGAUACUUUCUCAUGCGAUUCAACUGCAAUAUGUAGAAAAGCUGUCGGCUAUCAUUUCACCGAAUGGCAAAUAAGAUUUACUCAAAGGAUAUAUCUCUACGUUUGUUUAUCACUACGAGUUGCAACGAUCGCGCGGUUAUCGAAGGCGUGGUCCCCACGGCGAAGAUUCGCAGCAAAUCGACGCGGCGAAAGAACAUGGUGCCGGCUACUGUUUCUACUGUCGUCAGCGAUCUUCGUCCAAGGAUAUGGGAAAAAUAGCGAUCCGAACGACGAGCCCUUCCUCCCGAUAUAUCCGGUUUAUCCCUAUAGUCCGAAAUUGAUGAAAAGGGGAGCCGAGAAGGAAACCAUCGCGCAGCUAUCGCCAGAAUUGUACGCGCCCAAAGUCGACGCCAAGGACUCAUACAGCGCUAGUUUCGGCACUAGUCACCCUCGAGAUUCUUAUUAUCCUAAUUACAGCCCGUAUUCCAAAGUUACCUCGCCGUCUAACUACGCAUACUAUGGUUCCCUGCCAUACUCGUAUCAAUCGAACCCUUAUAGCACGUACAAUCCCUACUCGACCCUCCACAGCACGUACAAUCCCUAUUCGUCUCACACGGUGCCUCCUCCGCCUUCUUCUUAUCCAGCGAUUCCUUACUCGUCCUCUUAUCCUAAUUACUACUACCAAUCUCCCUAUUACUACCCCGAUUAUUACAACCAGCCAUUGUUUCAUCCACCGCCACUGCCACCACCUGCUAUCGAUUACUCUGGCGACGCGUAUUCCGAGGUAGAAACCGCGGGCAAAAGUAAAGACAGAAAGCUCGGUGAAGACAGGUACAGACAUAUACAGGAGGCACCUCAGUUCGUCGACGGUGCGAACUACAUCUCUGCAAACCCGAAAGAUCUCGAGGGUCAACCGAGCACCUACAAAACGAGCAGUUUCCAGAAUCAGCUGGAACAGGCGGGCAACCUGCAGAUAAAAAGUAUUCCGAUCCCAGCACCGAAAACGACGUACAGAGUGAUCAGCGUUGCUGGACAACCGGUAGGUCCUGAUUAUCCUUUGCCGGCGUCGUACGUGAAAGCGCAACAGCUCGAAGAGCUGAUGAAUCACGGCUUGGUCAAGCUAUUACAGCAAAAUUUGCAGCAAGUUCCUGAGUAUUCUGUACGCGAGUCGACAAAGGAGGCCGUGACGACGGCGAACGACGGCCAGGACGUGAAUCAAAACGAUCAGGGUAAAAGUACGCGUUACAUUACCGUCCCUAAUGUGAUCGCUAAAACUGGCUUGACUUACGUCGUGAAUCCCAGCGUUCUCAGGAAGCUGAACGUUGGACAAGCAACGGGUCAAAUCACGGUUCAGACGCCGAAGACUCAGUUGAAAAAUAUCAAGUAUCCACCGUUGGCUCCAGGAGUGUACACCGCGAUCGAGAAGCCCGAACAAGAUCAGACCGAGUCGAACGAGUACGAGAAAUACGAGAGUUACGAGAACUCGUCUUCUCAGGAUGUUCAGGACGACUACGACGGUUCUUCGAGUCAAACGGAUAAACAGCAGCAGCAGCAGAGUUACGAAGUAAAUUCCGGCCAGUCCUAUCAAAAUCAGAAUUACGUCACGCCCCGGGCGUACACUUAUCAAUAUACCAGCUACAAUCCAACGCAAACGACCUCUCAGAGGCAAUCACAGCUGUACAAAAAUAAUCUGGACAGUGUAAAUUUCGGCGUUAAAACAAAAGAGGCUUGA